AGGACUACACUCUGCAGUCAGGAAUGCUACUCUGCUAGGGGUGGAAAACAAUGGCAAAGUGGGAGGAGACAGAAUGACAGAGAGAGAAGCUGAGAGGAAACCAGAGAGCCAAGACAGGAAGACAAACCAGUGUAGCAGGUUUGCAUCACUGUAUGCCGUCCAUCAUGCAAAGCGAAUAGAAGAGCGACAAAGAGAAAAAGAGAGGAGUUAGGUGCUGAUGUCACCACUGAGCCCUGUCCACAACGACCAACAUGAUGGCUUGGGAUGUGAUCAGAGGACACGUUUUGUGAAGGUCCUGGAAGUAUGUAACUGAAGCUGAGAAUUGAAAUUUGAAGUGUCCGAGAACAAAUUCAGAAGAAGAACCAAAGAAGACGAUCUAAUAGUCAACCACAAUUAGAGAUACUUCCAGAGUAUUUUUGUUUGUUUUUUUUUUUUGCAAAAGUCCUUCAAAAAGACUGGGAUCUGUCAAACACUAACUUCUACUUUUUUUCUUUUUGAGAAACACAAUUUCAUAAAAAAAAAAUUCUUUAUUAACUCUCAAACAAUGGACUUGCUCCCACCUUCAACAAGUGAAAAUAUCCCAGAGAGGACUGGUACACGAUUCACUGUCCGCUCAGCUAACUCUCCUUCAUACAGUCUCACUCGUAGGUCAGGGGUAAGGAAGCGACCGACAGCUGAGAAUGCUGAUGACACCGAUUGUUCAAACACAAAAAAGGACUUGGGUUUUGUCUACCAGAAAGACAUCAACCAGAAUGAUACAGUCAAGAGAAACCCCCAAGAGAAUGGGACUGUUGUUGGAGGAAGCCUGGCACUCCAUGGCUUGGAUAGGACAGAGGAAAGGGGAGGCAACCUACCAAGCAGAAGUAUGAGCUUAGACUGGAGAUCAAAGCCAAGAUGUCUACCUAGGACUACCACAGAUGGCGAACCAAAAUUGCUUGUUAAAACAGAAGCAAGAGAUUUUGAGGAACAAAGGACAAAAAUUGAGAAUAUACCAAGAGGUGGGACUUCUUCCUUAAGUCCAUGUUACUUUGAAGACAAUCGUUCUGUAAAUAACAAAGACUUUGCAAACAGAGUCAGAAAUGCCAACACACUGCCUGUCAGAUUUAAGACCGGGUCUGGGCCUGCCUUGGGGCUCGACUGUCCGUCAGGGCCCCAACGUGGGAAGAGCAUCAAAGAACGCAUACAGAAACUCUUUGAAUCUGCUGGUGAUACAACAGUUGGGGGAACCUUUCCCAGGCGGUUCUCAUUGUGUGACGACUACAGUCCGGUGAGAAAAGCCGCAACCAUCUGGGCUCCAAAGGAAGCAAAUUCUCAAAACUCUGAGACGUUAGCUUCUUUUGAGACAGUCAAACUCAAAGAGAGAUCAACAGAGACACAUAGGCAAGAAGAGUUAGGUAGAAAGUAUUUAGAGGGAGAUGGUUACAGGAGGGAGACAAUAGAAGUGGGCACAAAGUCCUUGGAUAGAGCUAGGAGCAGGAACACAGUCGCAGGUCGAAUUAGGUCUGCCAGGGCUUGUGCUGGCAUGGCACAGUACCAAACAUAUGAAGGAUCUAUACAUGCACAGAGAACGUACAACCAAGAAGACAAAAAAACAGACAUGACUGAAGUAAGUAAAGCCCAGAAGGGCAGCAAAGAAAGAGAUGAAGGAACAAAACAACAAAGUAAACCCAGGAGUGGAAUUGCAGAUGAUGUUUUUCAUGCAAAUCCAAGUGAGGGCAUCUUGCCAUCAUCAGAGUGGAAAAAACUUCCAGAGAGUCUGUCGGCCUCCUCUUCAGCCAGCGUGAGAAAUAAGAUAAAUCAAUUUGAAGCUCUGACACAGAGAGCAGCAAACGACGUCCAGAUCCCAAGGCGAACUUUGUCUGUACAGGCACAGCCCUGCUCACGCCAAGAAGGGGUUAAGAAGAGUGGGUCCGCAAAUUACAUAGGUGAGCGAAGCUGUAAGUGGGAGACAGAGACAGAUGGAAGCAGUGAAAAAAGGACGAUGUUUGCAUCAGAGAAGUCUUUAUCACUGGUUGACUUUGGAUUCAAAUCAAGAAUGUCAGAGACAGAUUCAAGUAAUGUAUUAGACAGAAGGAAAAACAACAAUUUAUCCAAAGAUUUAGGUCAAUAUUACAGCCACAAGAAAACUUUCCACAUCCCUCUUAAUGAAGGAGCGCAACAGCACAACAAAUCUCUUUUCUCCGAGGACUCAAACUUGAGAGACACUGUGACAUUCACACAUACAUCAGACAUACAGCCAAGGCCACAGCAGCAAAUUUCUUCACCAGUCAGUGAUGAUGAAAAGACUCCAACAAACAUCCCUCUGAACACCUCACCUUUUCCUUCACCUGUCCAAGAACCAGAGGAUUUCUUUCCCAUUGCAGAGACCACAAGUCUUCAUGUCACUGGGCAAGAAGACAAAGCUAAAGAUACAGACUCCUUCGAUCUCCCUCCUGACAAUUCUUACCAAAACAACUCGUCGGAUGUCUUCUAUUCAAAUGUAAAAGCAGAAUUACCUAAAGGGAGGAAACAGUUGUUGGAUCUGAAUGCAUGGAUAGCCAGCCUGGACCCAGAGUAUAAAAACUGGAACAAAUACAUGGGGGAGUGUGAGGAUGAUGAUGGAAGCACACAGAAGGACGAUGAUUCAACCGACUCCGACUCUGGGGAUUCCUCAGCAACCAUUACCAGCAACAUGAGCCAGUCAGAAAACAGGAGUUUUAGCCUCAGUCUUUCAAACUUGUGCCACUUCUCUGGUACUGACGUCGAAUCAGAUAAUGACGAGGACGAUUGGCAGAGACCAGGUCGACGAUCUGCCUCAAUAAGCUCAGAUGUCUCUGCCUUUUCCUGUGUCUCUCUGCUUCCCAGUGAUGAGCUCGACAAGCUGGUGGAGGAGGUCAAGAACCUAGGGGAUGAAACAUUACAGGACUACGAUGAUGUGAAUGUAGUGGUUCUGCACAAGGAGGUGGGAGUAGGACUUGGGUUCAGUCUGGCAGGAGGUGUAGACCAAAACAAACCUGUCACUGUUCACAAGGUCUUUAACUCAGGUGUUGCAGCCCAGGAGGGUUCGAUUCGUGAGGGAGACCAUGUUUUGUCCAUUAACGGCACUGCUUUUUCAAAAUGUUCUCACUGGGAGGCUCAGAGGACCCUCAGAAGGGCAAAGCUUCGAGAGAUGGCAGUGGUGGUGUUGAGGAAAGGUGACCUGAGUCAGUCAGAGACUCAGUAUGAGGCAGGCCAGCGUGUGUGCAUCCAGCUCGAGAAGAACAGAAGAGAUCUGGGUUUCAGCCUGAUGGGAGGUGUAGGGUCCAAUCUAGGGAACAGACCACUCACCGUUCAGAAUAUCUUCCUGGAUGGUCCUGUUGACAAGAUUUUCCCUGGUGAUGAGAUUUUAGAAAUUCAAGGUUUCAGCGUGGAGGGGAAGAGACGUCUGGAAGUGUGGAAUUUCAUCAAAACUCUUGCCUCCGGGCCUGUGGAGGUGGUGCUACGACGCCCGCUUAAAGUUACGCAAUCAUGAGGACAGUGCCGAUGCUUCACCUUGUUCACAAUUUAAAGAAUGUGGACCAACCAGAAACUCUGUGCAAUUGACGGCUUUGCAUCCUGCCAUGGAAAAUAACUUUUGACAAUGAAACUGUCUGAACUUUGAAUGUGUUGAACAAACAGUCAUGAUGACAAACGUCAUCAUGAUAGUAUGAGCAAAGGACGCCUGAAACCAGGUCAAAGGUGUACAUUUUUCUCAUUAUGUGUUGCCAUGUAAAUCUACCUCAAGGCCUGAGUUGUUUAGAGUAAUGAAUUGUAUCCAUGUGUUAUAAAACCAACCAACAUUUAAAAAGAGAAAAUGUUGUCAUUAUGUAAAAAUCUGGCACUUAAUGUAUUUUACACAAAGUGUUUUAUUGUGAAUAACUGCUUGUACUUUGAUGUAUUUUUAAUAAAUACCAAUAUUUUCAUUAAA